UGAAUUGUUUGCAUGAAGUUAAACUUUGGAUGAGCGCAAACUUUUUAAGUUUAAAUGAAAGCAAGACAGAGAUAAUUUGGUUCGGAAAAUCUGAGCCUCAAGGCCUUUCCGGUCUGGGGAACCUGGCUCCGUUCAAUAAAGCGGUAGUUGAAAAUCUUGGGGUUCAGUUUGACGUCUCUCUGAAAUUUGACAAACAGAUCAGCUCGGUGGUCAAGUCUUGUUAUUUCCAACUGAGAUUACUAUCUAAGGUUAAACCAUUUUUGUCAUCUAGCAAUCUUGAAAAGCUUAUCCAUGCUUUUAUUUUUGUAAGAUUGGACUACUGUAAUUCCUUGUAUGCAGGUGUGAGCCAAUUACUGUUAACCCAUUUGCAGUUGGUGCAAAAUGCCUCUACUAGAUUACUGAAGGGUGUUCGUAAACAUCAACAUAUAACACCUAUUUUAGCUACUUUACAUUGGCUUCCAAUUCACUACAGAGUUGAUUUUAAAUUACUUAUUUUAGUUUAUAAAGUUCUACAUAAUUUGGCUCCAUCUUAUUUAAGUGAUCUUCUGCAUCUGCAUAAACCUCAAAGGAACCUAAGGUCAUCAAACCAGAUGAUUCUAGAUGUUCCUAGAACUAGAUUAAAAAUGAGUGGUGACCGGGCAUUUUCAGUAGUGGCUCCGACGCGCUGGAAUAGCUUGCCUCUGUAUCUUAGACUUUUACCUACAUUAGGUUCUUUUAAAAGAAACCUGAAAUUGUAUUUAUUGGAGUUGGCAUUUGGCUCAACGCCUUGAGUGAACUAAGUGGGUAUCUUUUUUUGCCUAUGUUGUUUGUUUUAUUUUGCUUUUCUAUUUCUCCUUGUGCUGUUGGUCUCCUCUUUCUAAUUAUUAUUGUACAGCACAUUGGUCAACCUGGUGUUGUUUUAAUUGUGCUUUAUAAAUAAAACAAACAAACAAACAAACAAACAAAUUGAUUUGUUGUACAGAAUGAGCUGAAUAUGUCAUGUAUCACAAAUGAUCAGAUUGUAUCAGAAUGCUGUUUUGGGAUGAUGUAAUUUUACUGUCACUGAGCGUUUAAUCGAUUCUGCUUUAUAGAUUUUGUAUCUUUUUCACUUUCAAAUAUAUGAUCUUUUUCUAAAUGUAUUAAAAACAUUGACAUUGUCAAGUACAAUUCAGUUUCAAAUCAACAUAUCUAUUUCAGCAAAAUACAGUUAACUUGGAAGGAGAACAAAAUUCUGAAUUCAACACAAUAAAUUCUCGUUUUCACAUUCAGUUGUCUCUCUGUGUUUUUAUUCUAUUCAUCAGUUUCUUUAGAAUCAGUAGAAUCUCGAAGUAUGCAUCAAAUAAGGUUUUCAGAUAUUUUCCUUUUGUUAAUAUUAGUAACACAGUUACAAUAACUGUGAGAAUAAAGUGAAUUCCAUUAAGGAUUAUUUUCCAUUCUAAAUUCAGUUUCACAUGGCCGAACUGCAAAAUUCACAUGUGCUGGUUCUUUCUUGUUCGCUGAUCAAGCAGUAUCAUGGGCACUUCAUAUUAAUGUUUUCAUAUUAACAAGUUUCUUGUGUUCAUAUAUAUACAGCUGGCACUAAUGUAAUGGAUCUAGCAGUGCUUGAACAUAUAAAUGUUUUUAAAAAGGGUUUGAACACUAAUCAAAAUGACCUGCAUUUGGCUUAUAAUUGUCUCUGUCACCAAACUGUGUAGUUUCAUUUACGUGACUCACAUUCAUCACAGUUCGUGUAUUCGCGAGGAAUCGAACCUUGGCCUCGUGGUGUUCGUCCCAUGCUUUAGUGCUUUUAAGGGAUAAUUCACCCAAAAAUAAAAAUUCAGUCAUUAUUUACUCACAUUGGUGUUGUUGUUCCAAUGCCAUAUGAAAGGAGAAAUAAAAAAAAUGUCCUGCUUGCUCUCAUACAUAUAAUGACAGUGAAGAAGCUUCAGGCUUACAGUUUUUUACAGCAGGACCCAUUUCUCAAUAUUUUCAAAACUCUUCACACAGUUAUCCUCACUAACUUUCAACUUGGCACAGCAGUGAAUCCGAGAAAAAGCACAAGUUGUGAGAAAUCAAGUUUACCAAAAACAUGACAUGAAAUACAAUCCAUGUUCUUUCUUCUCUGAUGUGAAUAUAUGCGUUCACAUCUGAUAAACGGAGUUCUGGUCUGGUGAUGUUCAACUCAGUGAAGAAAGAACAGGGAUACUUUUAUCCUUUUUUGGGAUUUCUAGGCAUUGUAUUUCAUGUAGUGUACUUAUUAAUCUUGAUUUCUCACAGCUUGUGUGUUUUUCUGUGAGUGGGAGUGAACUGUGACGCUGAUAAGAGUCUCAUGGGCAGGAUUUUCAUGAAAAAAUACAUCAGAUUUCAGUUUGUUUUUCACCAAACCCUAUCAUAAACCCCAGAACACCUGGAAUAUACGCAUGUGUCGCAUGGGGUCAUUCUGUGAUACUUUUACAUCAUUUUUAAAAAUCUUGAGCCCGAGCGGGACACUUAAUAAAUUCUCCUUUUGUGCUCCAUAAAAGACAGAAGGGUGUACAGCAUUAGAUCAACAGCAGGGUGAGUAAAUGAUGCCUGAAUUUUCAUUUUAGGGUGAAUUGUCCCUUUAAGAGCCUUGUUGGGAAGAGGAGGAAAAUUAAAAUCUUCCGAUGGACCAUGAUACAGAAAGCCACAGAACUUAAAGUUACUCAAAAUGGUAAUACGACCGUAGUUAUUUCCAGACACCACAGCAGAUUUUACAUUGUUAGAAAAGAAAAACAAGGAAAAGGAGUAUAUUUCACAUAGUGUACAGGCAUAUGUUAAUGGGUAUUAGAGUUACGUUUAGAUCUACACAGAUUCUUCAAAGAGGACAGACAAUAAACAUAGCAAGUGGAUAGAGAAGACCAUUGAUAUCAGUUGUUCAGACUUGAGUUCAUCAUUGGAUACUUUACAAUACAGUCACUCAGACAUUUUGAUAGAAAUACAGCAAACAUUAUACAGAAUUCAAUUGAUGGGACUUACAGUAGUGUUUUAAUGGACAAAGAAGAAACAGUGGAACUGUCAGAAACAUGAGGCUGAAAGAAGGAUUCUGACUGAAAAUAUCACAAAAAGAUAUUCUUAAGAAUUUAAAUCAUCACUUUAACCAUUGUUCUACCACACAAACGUGACUUAAACUAACUCGUUAGCUAGCUUGUAAAAAUGUAAUUGUGAGAAAUAAAAUUACAUCUUUCUCUCUUCUGACUGCCGUUUUCAAUCACUCUCUAUUCAUUCCUUCUUAAUGGAAGGAACAGAAGAUAAAACACUGUUGUUGAGUUUUAUAUAUAUAUAUAAAAUAUAUAUAAAACCCUUCUACCCAGGCCCUACUCGGUCCGCUCUGCGCAGGCCUCGAACCCGUUCUAACAAGGAGGCUAAAGGCUGUGUUGAAAAGGCCCAGUAUUUUCCAUACUAUUUACCGACGCCAUCCUUUAAAUCUAUUCAACAUGGUCCAUGUCCAGAGCCAGUGAAAUGACAGAGUCUGAUCCUGAUGUCCGCAGCAGACGGGUACCAAGGCCCCCACAUCACUUGGUGGAUUACGAGGUAGAAUACAGAGGCUUCCACCACACAUACCCACCUGUUUCCAGACUGCAACUCGCGCACCACAGAGAAUCAGAAAUGCAAGGUGUACUUUAUCAGAGGGAGCUACGGAGAUGACACCCCUUACCCGAUGGCAGGAGUUGGAGCAGGAGGAAGAAAUUACUGGAGAACCAUAUGCAGGCAAAGAUGCUUAAGCAGCGAUUCAGCAGCUCAGAGAAGAGAAUCAGCAACUGCAUAAAACCAUUAGAGAUGUUACCAUGUUACGUCCCCCUUUUGUCUAGGGGUGGUGGGAGAGUAACAUAUAGAAAUAAAAAGUAAUAAAGAUAUGUCCCUUCAAAAACACAGGGCAAAAAUGAGAGAGAGUUGGUUCAGUCUGCACUCCCAGAACUCACACGAACACAAAAUAUCUCUUCAAAAGGUUUAUUUAACAUAAAGUCUCUUAUAACAAUCAAGAAUAAGGCAAAAAUAAUAAGGAUAACUAACAAGACGCUUCUAGCUUUGGGAGGGGGUUAAAGCCAAAAUAACAAACAAAAGGAGUAAGCUAACUGGAGUAAGGGAGUCUAAAUAACCUAUCAAAACAAAACAUCAAAAUAAACAACAAAUCUGUUACCUGACUGCCUCACUAACCGAAAACAGGGGUUAGUAAAAACAAAAGGGCACCCACCUCCCUACUGCGUCUGCAACAUUGAUAAUGGGGCAAUUACACACUGCCACAACAGCAGAUACAACAGAUGUCUCUUCAAGGAGCUUUCACAACAGCAAAUACAACAGGUUUCUCUUAAAGAAGCUUUCACACCGGCAAAUACAACAGGUUUCUCUUAAAGAAGCUUUCACACCGGCAAAUACAACAGGUUUCUCUUAAAGAAGCUUUCACAACAGCCAAGACAACAAAAGUUCUGGGAGGGAAGACAGGCCACACUCUCUCUGGGGAACAGCCAGCUCCCUCGGUGUAAAUGCAAGCUCCUCUCCAUACUCUAACAAGGAACAGGUGGCAUCAAUUGGGCUCCUGCAAGAGGACAGGGAGGAACAGAGGAAAUAGGGGAAAAAAACUACACUUCCCAGCAGGCUGUUGGGCAUCAGAGAGACAGUGUCACAUACACAUUCACAGAAUUACAAAACAAUAAACGAUAUACGUCCUGGGACGUAACAGACACAAGAUAGAAAUGGUUGAAACAGCCUCAUCUCAGAGUCCCGUCCCUCGGCCCUGUACCAAAUCACCGUGUGAGGCCUCUGCAACUCAGACUAAACUUAGACCCAUACCAGCUCCAUGAUCCCACAAGUCCAUUGCAGAUUGCAGUAGACAGGCUGCUAAAGAGACUGAUAAUACAGAAGCACGCUAUGAAUCCCCCAAGUCUGUAGAUGAUAAACAGGUUAGUACCUCUGCCAUUUCAGAUGACCUGUGUAGAAUGAGUCUCAAGUCACCACCAGAGGGCAAGCCACUAUCGCUCAAGUUCCCCUAGCCAUCCUCAGUCAAAGCGUUUGACCCAGUCUUAUCCAGCACGCAGCCCAGAAUGCUACACAAACUAUGCCCUACAUCAGCAAUGGCUGCCUUAUCGUGCCCCCUCACCUGUUCUUAGUUUUAGAGAACAGCCAGACUACACCAUAAGGCCUUAUCAUCCACCCAGAGACUUUAUCCCUGAUGGCCGCAUGCCUCCUAAUAGAGAGAGCAUCUAUAGAGGUCCUACACCCUCUAUUCCUGACUUUACAGCAGAGGACCCAAGGCAGUUUGCAAGGCUGAAGAUAUCGCUCAAGAAUUUGCUGUCACAUGAUGCCAAGGAACAGUUCAAAUACCAGAUUCUGAUAGAGCAUCUGAAAUUUGAGGAGGCCCUUCUAAUCGCGGACUCCUAUAGUAACUGCCGUUAUCCCUAUACAUACACCAUGCAAUCACUGUCUGAGCACUAUGAACAGCCCCACCAGCUGGCAUUAGGGAGAAUUGCAGAACUGAUGGGUGGCCCUAACAUUUGUAGCGAAGAUACCCAGGCAUUCAGGAGGUUUGCCCUCAGAGUCAGAGCAUUGGUGGGGAUGCUUGAUCAGUUGGGUGACAAAGGAAGCAUUGAGUUACAGUGUGGUUCACAUGUAGCCAGACUCAUGUCUAAACUGCCUCACGAUCUUAGAGCCAAUUUCAAAAGGUAGGUUCACCCUCUCAGAAACCCCAUACCAAACCUGCUUGAUUUCUCACACUGGCUUGAGUUUGAACUGCAGGUUCAGCCCACAGAUAGUAGAGUUAGUAUAGGUGAGAUGAAGGGACAUGGUGCUUUGCAGAAAGAGGCCCAGCGACCACGCAGACACCCUCUACAGGCAGCUGCCAUUUUGCACAGUGCAGAGCAGUUCACAAGCAUUACAGCUGCCAUUAACUCAGAGAAAGAAACCACUGGCAGGUCUGUGUACUGUCACUACUGUAACAAUAAACAGCACUUCCUCAACCAGUGUAGUAAUUUUGCACAGUUAACAAAUGAGUUGAAAACUAACUGGAUUAAGUUGAACGAGAUGCUGGAGGUGUGGACGGAAACAUCAGGCAGCCCAGUGCCAAUUGAAAGUCACAUGUAAGGUUUGCACAGGAAAGCACUUAACAGCCCUGCAUGACAUAAAUAGCAGGUCCAUGGUGACAAAGAACUUUGAAGUUCAAAAAGAAAGUCAAUACCUGGACCGUCCAGUAGGGGGUAGCCAAGUUCUCCUGAAACUCAGCAAGGUGCUAUUACAUCAUGGCAAACAUACUUUGAUGACCUAUGCCACUUUGGAUGAUGGUUCGGAGCGUACCAUCUUACUUCAUGAUGCAGCACAGCAACUCCAACUCAAUGGGCAGCCAGAGAAUCUCUCCUUGAGAACGGUCAGACACGGCACUCAAGUCAUUUCAGGCGCCAAGGUGUUCUUCACACUUUCCCCUGCCUUUCAGCCCAAUAAGAGAUUCAAGAUAAGGGGUGCAUUCACUGCAGAACAUUUAGGCUUAGCCAAACAUUCACAUCCAGUGCCAGCUCUAUAGGAGAAAUUCAAGCAUCUCAAAGGUCUGCCUCUUCAAGGCUUUUCUCAAGUGCAACCACUGUUACUCAUUGGCUCUGAUCACCACCACUUGAUUGCCCCUAUAGAGCCAGUGCAUUUCAGACCACCAGGUGGGCCAGCUGGUGUUAAAACUAGGUUAGGCUGGACACUGCAAGGGCCUGCAAAUGUAGUUCAGCACCAGUUACCAGCACAGCAGUGUCUUUUCACAUCCGUUGCCUCCCCAGCAUCAGAGCUCCUGCAACAUGAUGAAAGACUCUGGCAGUUAGACACUUUACCUUACCGUAAUGAGAAAGUGGUGACAUGGUCAUGAUGUUAUCAAGAGGCCAUAGAUAUGCUUGAGGCCAAGACGGUAAGGGUGAAUGUAGAUGGAGUGCUCAGGUAUGCUACACCCCUCUUGCGCAAAAAAGAGAUGCCCAAGCUGACAGCACCGAAGGAGGCAGUCCUCCCCCACCUCAGAGGUUUGGAAAAGCAACUUAGUAAAGAUCUAGAGUGGCACCUAAAUGUCAGUUGUCUAUACCGAGAUUAGAACUAUGUGCAGCACUCACAGGGGCCCAGAUGGCAAGGCUUCUAGAAAGAGAACUCACCCUGGCCAUUCAGCAGCUGACCUUAUGGAGUGACUCUAAAACAGUGCUGACAUGGAUUCAGUCAGAAUCCUGCAGAUACAAAGUGUUUGUGGGCACGAGAGUUGCCGAAAUUCAGGAGCUGACUUCUCCUCAGGCAUGGCGGUAUGUUAAGUUUGAAGACAACCCUGCAGAGGACAUCACUCAUGGUAAAUCACUCUGGCAGCUCUCUCAGCCUUCUAGAUGGAACCAAGGGCCAAACUUUCUUUGGCAGGACCCAAAAUCCUGGCCCAAUAACCCAGUGGAGCCAGCCACAGAGAGCACAGAAGAAGAGAAAAAGGUGAGCUUCUGUGGUCUUACUACAAUAGAUCUUUCUAAGACUAUGCAAGACUUCUCUCAGUUUCACAGUUUCAUAGAACUGGUUGAGAAAAGAGUACUAGAACAGUAUGAACAAACGAAACAGUCAGGAGAUUUAUCUGCUUCAGACUAUGCAACAGCUGAGAUCUCUCUUCUAAAGGAAGCACAAGCGACAUGCUUCCCUGCUGAAAUUGAGGCAUUAACGGCUGGCAAACCCUUGCCUUCUAACAGCCGGUUACUCACACUUGCCCCAGAGCUUGAGAAGUCUACUGACUUCAUAAGAGUAGGUGGCCGUCUGCGUCACAGUGAUUUGCUUGACCAAGAGACUGCUCACCCCAUAAUCCUUGGACCCAAACACCCCCUUAGUCAACUUUUAAUCCAGCAUUUUGAUGAAAAAAAAUUACAUCACCCGGGGCCAGAAAGAGUAUUUGCUGAGAUACGACGCCGAUACUGGAUUCUGAGAGGCCGAGAGGCUGUACGUCGACAUCAACAAAAGUGCAGUGAGUGCAGAAAAUGGCUUGGGAAAUCUGAAAUCCCACGUAUGGCUGAUUUGCCACCUGCCCGUCUUCACCUCUACCAACCUGCAUUCUAUUCAACUGGUGUUGACUGUUUUGGGCCUUUCACAAUUAAAAUAGGACGGCGCAAUGAGAAACAAUGGGGAAUUAUUUUUAAAUGUAUGACCACUAGAGCAGUAUAUAUAUUGAAGUGCUGACCAACAUCGGCUCAGAUUUUUUCCUCAUGGCAUUAUGCCGAUUCAUUGCACACAGAGGAAAACUCCAUGAACUCUUUUCGGACCAGGGGACUAAUUUCAGAGGAGGUGAACAAGAAUUGUCAGAAGCAUUCACAGCCCUACAGCCCACCCUGCAGAGCCAACUUGCAACGCAGCAAAUCCAGUUUCACUUUAAUCCCCCAGGAGCUCCCCACUUCGGUGGUAUAUGGGAAAGAGAAAUCAGGUAGCUGAAAGCUGCACUCAACCAGACUCUUGGAGCACAACAUGUGUCUGAGGAAGUGCUGACUUCAGUCCUUGUAGAAAUCGAAGGAAUCCUGAACUCUAAACCCUUAGGGUAUGUGUCUUCAGAUGUGGCAGAUGUUGAUCCUAUCACUCCAAAGAUCAUUCUCAUGGGGCGGCUGGACUCCGACUUUGUCACGGUUCGCAGGUCUGUGGAUUCUUCCUUGUCUUUGUGUGUGUGUGUGUGUGUGUGUGUGGGUGUGAUCACCGGGAUUGCUGGGCAACUCAUUGUUGCUGAUUAGCGAUUAGCCUCAGCUGGUGCUGAUCAGCUAUGCUUUAUAUUGAGUGUGUGUUUGUUCAUUCACUGUCGGAUUGUUGUUGUUGUUAUUCACUCUUGUUCCUUGUCUAGUGUUUCCUGUUCUCCCGUGUGCCGUGCUCCAGUGUUCCUGCUGUGUUUUGGACUACCUGUCAUUGUGGAUGUUACUGCCUGUCGUUUGUGGAUUUCCCCGCUGUUGUGGAUUGUACUGCCUGUCGUUUGUGGAUCACAUUGUCACUGCACUUCUGUCUCGGAUUUCAUUUGUCCACCCCUUGUAGUCCCUGCGCUACCAAGGACACCUUCAGCACCCACGAUCUGCCUUGUUCACUGCUGUUGUUCACGUUAUCUUCCUUAAUAAAUAUUUAUACUGAAUUCCGAGUCAUUUAGCCUGACAUACUUACCACAAGUUGUAUACCCCAAGUCAGAACUGCUGAGCAGGAAGCGCUGGAGACACAGUCAGAUCCUCGCUGAUCAUUUCUGGGCACACUUCAUAAAGCAGUAUCUACCUGAAUUACAAACCCGUUCAAAGUGGAUGACUGAACUGGAACAGUGGUGAUGAUAGUUGACCAGCAACUUCCCAGGGCACUUUGGCCAGUGGGUAAGGUCAUAGACACAUUACCAGGAGCUGAUGGUCAAAUCAGAACUGCUGAAGUGCAAGUGGGUGAUCAUAAAUAUGUUAGACCAGUAAGUAAGCUAAUCCGUUUGCCAGUAUUACCAAAUGAUGACAAAGACUCUUAAGCCUUUUCUGUAUUGAAUUUACUAUGUGUAUUGGGGCGGCUGUUGGAAAGGGCCAGUAUUUUCCAUACUUUUUACUGAUUUGAUCUUGAUAUGUGAUUGACAGAUUAGUUUGGCCCGCCUAUAAGAAGGACGACAUUUUAGUUCUUACAGCUCUGUCAACUGCUUGCUAUAAAGUUGCUUUCAUUGUGUGUGCGUUCAAAAGAAGUUAGUGUGUUGUUUAUAUAUCUUAUGCUUCUAUGAUUCUAACAUCUUGUUUCUUGUCUUUAGUGUGAGAAUUUGAGUUUUAAGCUGUUACCGGUCCAUUUUAUCAUAACCGCGUCAUCUUCAUAAGUGCGCGAGUCCGGAUCCAGCCAUCUAUAGCGCGCACAUUUAAUACAACACCACACACGUGCCAUAUGUAUGUGAGAGCGUGCAUAAUAAACGGAGCUUCAGUUGAGCACCGACCUCUGGCUUUGUGCGUUCUUACCGACGCCCCCUGGUGAUCACAAAUUAAAAUAACAAUGCCAGUACAGUCCUUUAAAAGCUAUUCAACAGGCUGCAACCUCUAACGUCAGUCGCUAGAGCAUCUCUUGAGAUCAGAGGAGUGAGGUUUACUCACACAGCGACUACUCUCCUCCUGACUACCAGGGGAAAAAAGUUUUGUUUAUCUUUUAUGUCAUUACAUUGUUUAGAGCAUAUGAAACAAAAUGGAAAAAUAAAGUUUUUGAAAAAAUGUCCUCUGUAGUGGACACCAGGACUCCAGGACUCAUCAAAUUAAAUAAGACAUGAAUAGACAUGGAAAGGUAAAAACAAUGGGAUUUUUUUAAAAUCACCAAACAAUUUUUGGGUUUCAGGAUCUUUUAUACCAAACGUUGUAUAAAGAUGAUUCUCAACUAUGUUCUGAAAGAUUUAACAGAUAUACCAUUUUGCUUUAUGCAAUAGGUGUGUAAAAUGGAUAUAAUUUUUUUUUUUUUUUUUUUUUUUUUUUUUUCCCAUUAUAUACAAUGUAUCUACACACUGUAUGUAAUUUGCAUAUUAAUGUGUUCUUGGAGCAACAUGUAAUGGGAAAAGAAUGUUAUAAUGGGAGUAAUAAUUGGCAAGAUUUUCAUAAUAUCUAAUAUUUCACAAGAAUGUCUAUUUUAGUGAGUGUGCACGCUUUCACUGUGUGAUUUAAUCUAUUGAAAUGCAUUCAGAAUACCCCCAUGAUUCAAGAUAAAAAAUGCCCCAUUGUUUACUACAUUGUUUAUAUAUAGAAAAUUGAAUAUAGGUAUACGAAUAGUGCUGUUUUUCUCCAAGUAUCAGUAUGUUUAGAAAUGUGAUAGCUAUUUAUACAACAAUAAACAAGAAGUUAAUUAGAGACUUACGUUUUACCCCAUAAUACCUGUUUUUGGUAUAUUUCUUCAACGAAAGUAGUUCCAAACAAAGACCACCACAGUUUUGAGUCUCUGAGCAACACGCAACAGUGAAUGAAUCAGCUGUUUGAACGAGUUGAAUGAAUCGGUUGAAUCUCAAUGACUCCCACAUUAAGGCUAUCCUCAAACUCAGGCAAAUGUUUAGUUUCUGAAUGAAUCAGGUGUUUGAAUGAAUCGGUGUAAUCUCAGUGAUUAACUCAUUAACAGUGACUUGCUGUCACCUUCUGGCAGUUUUUUAAAUUUUUAGUUAAAGUGAUGCUGGUCUUUGUAUAAAUAUAAAAGUUAUAUUAAAUAUAAAAGUUGUGAUACUGUUUUUUGAAACCCUGGAUAAAAAUGCACAUUUUUAAAACUGAUUUUGUGGAUGUUCAUUAAAUAGUUAUUAAAUAGUGAUUGUGUGCUCCACAUUUUCAAUGUAUCAAGUGAAAUGAGUUAAGUGUACUGGUGCAGCCCUCCACAACCACCCCAUUUUCUCAUGUGGCCCCUUGGGAAAAUGAAUUGCCCACCCUGAUGUAAGUCCCGGUGUCCUCUACUGAAGACAUGUAUGAAAUCAAUGUCCUGUUUCAUAACAGAAAGUCAUAUUUUGAUUUGAAACCCCAUAACAUUUUCCUGAGAUGUUGAUUUAUAACAAACAAUUUGAAAAUUAUUCAGAUGUAAACA